CAAAUUCCACCCGCCGAGCGGAGAGCGAGGAUGUGAGUGCUCUGUUCCGGACUACGCAUGCCAGAUCGCCACCUGGGAUGUCAAGAGAAAGAGUGCAAAGCGUCUACAGUGACAACCGGCAAAAGAGGAAAUGAUUGAUGGAGAGAAGACGAGGAGGAGUGAAAGCAGCACGGGGCUCAGCCCGGGGAUUGAACCGAAGCGACGCACUGAUGACACGAAGCGGUGCGCUCACAUCUGGAACAGCUUCAGCAGCUGCACCUGAAGGAGGACUUUCUUUGUUGACCUCUUUACAUUUGAAUCUCUCGGGAUUGUCGGAAUGCUUUCCGUUAAGAAUGUGCAACUGAAAAAGAAGAUUCAAACAUACAAGGUAGGAAUGAAAAGUCUCAGAUUUUGAAGGAGUGAAUAACGUUGCACAAAGAAGGAUUAAAGAGUCACUCGAGACUAAGAUUCUGUUAGUUUUGGCUCAGCUCAUCCUGCGACUCCACAGGUUUAUGUACACACACACAGUUUGUUUUGGAGAAUGAUCCCAGGAGGCCACACUAGGAGUGGAGAGCACCUUCCAGAGAGCUAAUAAUCCCCCACCUUCUUGACUUCCCGAAAGUCCCCUCCCUCCACCAGUCUCUUAGCUUACCUGCACCAGUCGCAACACGCUGGAGAGCUCAGAGAGACCAAGGGACAGAGCCACAGAGACCUACAGAGAUUCACCGACGCAGGAUGUCAAAAUCCUCCAGGCUGGCCCGGCCUCCAUCAGCAGGCGCCGCAUCCAAGCUGCCCUCCCCCAGGAAGGAAUGCCCUGGCACAGCUCCUUUGGCUGGUCAGGCCCGGGUACAGAGCGUGGGCGAGAAGCUGAUGAGGGCGGGCACUGACAAUGCGUUGACCAGGCAGAAAUCACUAACGGACAAAGUACAGAGUGAAACCCAAGUGGAACAAAAAGGCCCAGGUGAACCCGCCAUGGAGGUGAAUUCUACGAAGAGUAGAACCAACACACCUAAAGCAUCAAGCCAGCAUCAAGCCUCUGUACACAAGCAAACCAAGAGCAACUUAAGGGUCACGUCCCCCGAGGACACCGAGCACGCCAGCAGGAGACAGGCCUCGCCAAAUGGGACGCCCGCUUCCAGGGCAGACGCCAAAGGCAGUGGUCGCGCAGUCCCGCGGAGACACACGCUAGGAGGGGCCCGCGGUAGCCGAGAGAUCCUAGCCAUGCAGCCGCCUGAUAUGGACAAGAAGAGGGAGGCUUUCCUGGAGCACCUCAAGCACAAGUACCCUCAUCACGCCUCAGCCAUAAUGGGCCACCAAGAGAGAUUACGGGAACAGAGCAGAAGCCCCAAGCACUGCCCUAGCCCGCAGCCCGGCGUGGACGUAGACCACCUCUCCCUAACCUCUCUGGACUCCCUGGAGGCCAUGUCCGAGGUAGACGCGCCUAUGGGCUUCACCCGAGGCAGCCGGGUCCGUGCCAGCUUGCCCGUGGUCCGAUCCACCAACCAGACCAAAGACCGCUCGCUUGGCGUGUUGUACCUGCAGUACGGAGACGAAACUAAACAGAUCCGCAUGCCCAACGAGAUCACAAGCAUCGACACAGUCCGAGCCUUGUUCGUCAGCGCCUUUCCGCAGAUGCUCACCAUGAAGAUGCUGGAGUCGCCCAGCGUGGCCGUCUACGUCAAAGAUGAUAUGAGGAACAUGUACUAUGAGCUAAGCGAUGUCAGAAAUAUAACGGACCACUCCUGUCUAAAGGUUUACCACAAGGAUCCAGCGCAGGCCUUCAGCCACGGUCCCCGGCCAGCUAACGGUGACGCCAGGAUGCACAACGAAAUGGUGAAUCCUCUAAGGCAACCUCCCUUGGGCCCGCCAGCGCACCAUCCCUUGCAGGCGGCCAUCCCGCCAUCCCCGCACUCCCCUUCCCGAAUUCCCUUUGGGCCGCGGCAGGGCUCACUGCCCGGUAACGGCUCCGUGCCGAGGGAGCGCCUGUCAACCGCCAACUCCCCGGCUCGCUCCAAUUCACCCUGUCCCAGCGCAAUCCUGGAGAGACGGGAUGUAAAGCCCGACGGGGACAUGAGUGGGAAAGGUCACAGUCUGACCAGGGGGAACGAAGGCUUAUAUGCCGACCCUUACCUUCUGCAGGAGGGACGCAUGGGCAUGGCGACAGCCCACGGACCGCACCCAAACCCAGGGCACGACGGUCCCGACCACAGCUUCCACCGGGCGUCCAUCCGCUCCACCAGUUCUUACAGCGGGCCUAGCCCUACAGACUCAAUCGACCACCCUUCCCUCUACAGGCAGAAGUCAAGAAACAGCCAACUUCCAACACUAGGCUCCAAGACCCCUCCGCCGUCCCCUCACCGAAUGGGCGACGUACGUCUUAUCGACAUCCACGGUGGCAUCCCCAUCGAAAGGAGCUCGUCCGUACGCCAGUCCUUCCGGAAAGAGGAUGUGACAGGGGCCAAGCCCAGGAACAACUUGGCGUCUUCAGACCUCCAAGGUCACCCUCAAGGGCCCGUCCCUGCCGCGAGUGACGUUCAGACACGAGAGCGAAUGAAGGCAAUGGAGCAACAGAUUGCCAGCUUGACUGGCCUUGUUCAGCAUGCACUUUUAAAGGGGCCAGACAGUAGUGGCACCAAGGAGGCUCUAAGUGAGAGACCCUCCAAGACGUCGUCGCCAGCCCACAGUGCACACAGUUCAAGCAGUUCGCCGGUUUUGGUGCCGAAAUGCAACCCUUCCACUACGGUGGCGGCAUCGCAAGACAAGCAGAACCAGAUUCCUCUCAAAGCGAACCUGCUGCAGUUCAGAAAAAAUGUGUCUGACCUCAGGAUGCAACUGCAUCAGAUGAGGCAGCUGCAGCUCCAGAACCAGGAGGUUCUGCGAGUGCAGAUGAAGCGGGCCGAACAGGAAAUCGCCGCUAAGCUAGCAGAGGCCGUGCGACGCCUAGAGGACCCCGUCCAGAAGCAGAGGGUUCUGGUGGAAGAGGACCGACAAAAAUACUUGGGCUUGGAGGAACGUGUGCUAACACAGCUCGGGGAUCUGGAGCAGUACGUGGGCGCUCUGCAGAAGGACUCAUCAGGGAAUCACCGAGGAGUGACCCUCAAGGACGUGGAAGAGGGGGCGGUGACUCUGAGGAAAGUGGGGGAGUCUCUUGCAGGACUUAAAGGAGAGUUUCCAGCCCUCCAAACCAGAAUGCGGGCCGUGCUCCGCGUAGAAGUGGAGGCUGUCAAGUUUCUCAAGGAGGAGCCUCACAAACUGGACAGCAUGCUGAAAAGGGUGAAGAGCCUGACGGACACACUGAGCAGUCUGAGAAGAUCGGCAAGCGAAGGCACUCAGAGAGUAGCGGAUCCUUCUUCUAAUGUCCCACUGGAUAACACCCCAUCUCCAACGGAGAACACACCAGCAUCAAUCGCUGCAGCGGCCCCACCGGACUCCCAGAGCUCCGCGUUCAAAUCCGAAGCUAAGCCCCCCUCUCCGGUGGUGAUCCAUCAGGUCCAGAGCUCUCCGGUUACAUUGCGGCAGUCUCAGCAGUCCACUAGCUUGUCUGCCGCUCAGCACAGCCCACCUCUUACACCCAGCCCCACUCACUUCAACGCCCUGAGCAAGGGUCAAGGCCGUGAGUCACCAAAGACGACAUCUACAGACCCACAUAAGAAGGCGCGUGGCAGCCCUGUGAGCCAGGGGAAUGGGACCAGCAGCCAGAAUAUGGUCAUUGAGGAGCUGCAACAUAGUAAAGACAAAUGCAAAAACAGAGCGAUGUCCAUAGAGGCAGCUGAGAAGGAGUGGGAGGAGAGGAGGCAGAACAUGGGUCAGUAUGAUGAAAAAGAGUUUGAGAAAAUUCUCCAAGAGGCUGAGGCCAACAUGACUAAAGGCCUUCCCAGUCCAGAUGUGGAAAGUAAGCCAUUACUGCCCCCUGCUGCCUCCAGAGAGCAAACGAAAAUCCCCUUGGAGACUCCAGCAGAGUCAGAACCUCAGUUGGACAAAUCAGCCAAGAGGGGGCCAGAAAAACUCCCAAAGCCAGACAAGGAAAAACCUGGCAAACCAGUGCCCGAAAAGCCCUCCAAGACCACCACAAAACCCGCAUCCCCGGACGCAUUUAACAAGCUCGUAUCUGAAAAGGCCACCAAGUCCCCGCCACCGCCACCUCCGAGGAAGACCUUUAGCACCUCCAGCUCGGGCAUGACCACUACACGAUCUGGCGAGAUGGUCUACACCAACAGAAAGGAUUCGCAGGAAGGUGAAGAGGAUGGACCGCUUCCUGCCGCCCAAAUCAAGCCCAACAAAAGCACCCCACUAGAACCCAAGAAGCCUGCCACUCCUCCUCCUGUUGUUGCCAGUGAAGAGGAGGACGAUAGCGAAAGGAUCAUGGCGGAACUCCAGGUUUUCCAGAAGUGUACAAUUCAGGAAAUAGGGCCCCCAAACACGGUGGACCCCACUUCUCACAUGGAAGCGCAAAUAAGAGAGCUAAGACCGGACAAGAAGCAGAGCUCAGAGCCCACACGGGAUGAAAAAGUUCCAGACACAGAUGAAAAUGGAAACACUCCUUCCAGGCAAAGCCAAGGGGUCAUAUACUAUGUGACUGGAAAGAUUCCAAAAGAGCAUCCACCCCAUUCCGGAACGGAGGAAUCCCAUGAACACCGGGAGCCUGCCCAGUCUCCAUCACAGGUGUCAAAUGUCACUAUUAAUGACAAUUCUCCAGGCCAGCCACAGCAGCAGGAGCAGCGGCCAGCCAAGUCAACGGCACCCAAGUCACCACCACCUAAAUCACCACCGCCUAUUUCGCCCAAACCUGUGGGACUGACUGCAUUCAAACUGCCCAGGAAGCCCCUAAAACGCUCUGAGUCCUUGAAAACGAGCGCAGAAAUAGACAAUGGGAAAAACUUGAACAGAAUCAACACAGAAAAAAAGAGUCAGCUAGUCCUGGAGUCUGCUUUUUCCACUAAGAAUGUGAAAUCUGAGGCUGUGCCAGUAGCGGUAGCUAGAGAGGGGACUAAAAAACCUGCUCCACUACCACCACCACGGAGGAGGUCAUCAAGUGAGGAGCAUGAGCCACCAAAAUCUGACUUUGAUGAUGCUAAUGAAGAGGCUAGUCUAAGUCCUGAUUUACCAGGAGAAGAGGCGCCUCCUCCACCAGACAACAUUGCCUUUAUGAUUACUAACACUAAGGUUCAGGCACUUUCUUGUGGGGAAUACAAGGAACUGGUCAAUGCCAAGAAAGGAAGCGUCCAGACCGUGACUGUAGGUGGGGGAAACAAUACAGCAGAUCCUGACAUGCCUCUGGACAAUGGCUUCAACAAGAAACCCGUCAUAAUCAUUUUCGAUGAACCCAUGGACAUCCGUGCCGCGUACAAGCGCCUUUCCACCAUCUUUGAGUGCGAAGAAGAGCUUGACCGGAUGCUUGCGGCGGAGCGCAUCGAUGAGGAGAGUGAGGAGUCAGACACGGACAGGAGCUUUGGGCUACAGGUGAAAGCCAAAGGGCCUGAGGUGGUUGACGGUGAAAAAGCCGCUUUGUCUCAAGUCGCCGGAGACCACACCAGCCUUUCAUCCUCGACUUCGUCAAUUUCGGAAUCGGCAGACACCGGAGUGUCGAACGGAGACGUCAAGCAGGAUAGCAAAAAGAAGUUCAAGUUUAAAUUCCCCAAGAAACAACUGGCAGCACUUACGCAAGCUAUUCGCACUGGCACCAAGUCGGGUAAGAAGACGCUACAGGUAGUUGUGUAUGAGGAUGAGGAGGAAUCGGACGGAACCGUAAGGCAGCAUAAAGAAGCCAAGAGAUUUGAGAUCUCGCGAUCGAAAUCUGCAGUGGAUACGCUUAAGACGCCUAGUCCAACUCCGCUAAAGAGGACCAACGAGAUCCGUAAGAACACCUACAAGACGCUGGACAGCUUAGAACAGACUAUAAAGCAGCUGGAGACUACCAUCAACGAGAUCGGACCUGCCUCCCCCGAGGAGCCGGUUUACGCCGAGGUGAAAAAGGGAGAGAACGGGAAAGUAUCUGAAGGGGUUGGGUUGAGGAGGACGGCGUCGCUUCCAACUUCCAAGGCGUCUGCUUUUAAACUAGUCGGCAAAGGUUCUUUCCAGAAGAAGACUAAACCUCAACUCCUCCCACGCCCUGUAGUCAUCCCCACCACUACCGACUCCGGCACAGCCACCAUCACUAGCCCCAGUGCCCUCAGCACCAUCCAACAGAAUACCAGUGUCGCUUCCCCCACUAGUCGGAUGCCCAUCCCUUUGUCCGCGAAGUCCAGGCAGUCACCGGCUACUACUGACAAAGCAGGAAAACAGCAAAAACUGCAGGACGCGCAAAGGCAGUUCCGACAGGCUAACGGAAGUACUAAAAGAGUGGGAGGGGAUCAUAAAACUACUUCUCCCACUAUACCCGUCUCUAAAAUCCCCGCUUUUUAUCCUAGCGCCACUAAAAGCAGCUCAGACGCGGCUAAUCCCACUAACCCGUCCUCCUCCAAGUCCUCCCUCCUGCCCCCCCACAACACUCGCUCGGCUUCCCUGCCCUCCUCGCACAUCCCCUCCCUGUGCAACGGCUCCCUCAAGCCCCCCUCGCAGCACGCGGCUAAAGCUCUCUCCUUCUCCUCGCAGACCCCCAACGGUCGAGCGCACUCUUCCUCCUCCUUCUCCUCCUCUUCAUCCUCCUCCACCUCCACCUCCCCCUCCCCUCUGUCGCCUUUGGGCCCGGGUGGGAAGAGCAUCCGCACCAUACACACCCCCAGCUUCACCAGCUACAGGGCCCACAACGGCAGCAGCGGGAAAUCCUGCAUACCGACAGCCUCAGCGGCUAAGGACUAGAUCCACUUUUAGUCCCUGCGAACCCCCCCGCUUGCCCUCCAACACAUCUUGUAGAGAAAGUCAUCUUUUACUGUGCAAGUAUGAAGUGUAUUCACUUCCAGUGUGGGUUUUCAUGCUGUUUUAUACAGUUUAUCAAGCUUCUUUCACACAGAAAAACUACAAAAUGGAUGCAUCAGAGCUGUAACAGAUAUCGAAAUAUUACAAUGGAUUUGCUUAGUUAGCAGGGGCGCCGGAAGUCACUCACAGCAGAGGGUGCGGAGAAUCUUUUUUAAUGUUUCCUAUCCAAAAACGGACAUUUCGGUGCAAAUUUGUCAUGCCCCACGUUUUCUCCAUACAAGGCGUGCACAAUGGCAGUAACCACGUAUGCUGGGUGGUUUAUGUACUACUACUAGGCUACUACAAAGACAGCGUGCUAUCAAAUGUGGUGGGGGGCGGCUUAUAGUCCGCUGCACCUUAUAGUGCGAAAAUUACGGUAUUUAACAUUACUUAACACUAUUUAACAGUCAACAAUACUGUACCAGUUUUUAUUUGGCACCGAUAGACCACGAAAAACCGGAGAUAUGAUCGUUUUAAUUACAUGGUAGGAUAUGUUUUUUCUCCACUAGAAGGCACACAUGCUCUUUGGACGGGUGAUGUUUAAUUUUUGCAGUCUGAAUUCGAUGAUUUUUGUAUACAAGUAGUCCCCAGGUUACGAACGACUUCCGUUCCUAGGCUGGCGACGUAAGCCAAAUUUCAGCGUAAAUCGGAAUGAACCCUUUGCACCCCUAAAUACCCAAUAGAUCUCAAAAUAACUAUCCAAACACGUAUUAUACGUAUACGUACAAAAGUAUUAUACGUCAUUGUACUGUCCUCACCAAGACGUUGGAGCUAAGUCCUAGCUAGACAGCGAGCUAAGCUGUAAUCUUCCCCCUCUCUCUCGCACUCGGCUGCAUGACUUCUUUGUGGGAGCAAAUAUGUUCUUCUUCGUGUGUACAUGCGCUUGUACUCGGAGUACGAGGUACUACCUGGUCUACGCUUCCUGCGCCAAAAUAAAAGCAAGCCUAGUGUGUGUUGGAGUUUUUGGAUUGGAAAUUAAAGUGCCUCUGUAUUAUAACUAGGGCUGUCAAACGAUUAAAAUUUUUAAUCGAGGUAAUUGCAGCUUAAAAAUUAAUCGUAAUUAAUCGCAAUUCAAACCAUCUAUAAAAUAUGCCAUAUUUUUCUGUAAAUUAUGGUUGGAAUGGAAAGAUAAGACACAAGACGGAUAUAUACAUUCGACAUACGGUAAAUAAGUACUGUAUUUGUUUUUUUUAUAACAAUAAAUCAACAAGAUGGCAUUAACAUUAUCAACAUUCUGUUAGAGCGAUCCAUGGGUAGAAAGACUUGUAGUUCUUAAAAAGAUAAUUGUUAGUACAAGUUAUAAAAAUGUUAUAUUAAAACACCUCUUAAUGUUUUCGUUUUAAUAAAAUUUGUAAAAUUUUCAAUCAAAAAAUAAACUAGUAGCUUGCCAUUGUUGAUGUCAAUAAUUACACAAUGCUCAUGUGGAGCUGAAACCCAUAAAAUCAGUCGCACCCAAGCGCCAGCAGAGGGCGACAAAACACCGAAAAACACAAGUAACAAGUGGACAUGACACUGUGCUGUCAUUUUAAUCUGUUUGAGCGGGGCAUGUGCGUUAAAUGCGUCAAAUAUUUUAACGUGAUUAAUUUAAAAAAUUAAUUACCGCCCGUUAACGCGAUAAUUUUGACAGCCCUAAUUAUAACACAAAUAAGUGCAGCUAGACAUUACAAUGACAUACAGACUCAUUUUAAAACUAAAAGGUCCAAUCAAAUAAGCCCCUUUUCAACACUAAAAUAAUUUGUCCAAAUCAAUAAAUCCAACAGCGCUCUGCAUGGCAGCAGCUUAAUGGCAACAAGAAACAAUAAUAAGGCUACAUAGCAAGCAUGUCUUACUUAUUUGAAGACACCAAAGGUAGAUAGAACUGUCAUCAUAAUCAUCUUCAUUUUUGACCUGGAAUUGAAUUUUAGAAAAUGUUGCUGUUUUUGUAAAGCAAAAAUCGCAAUUUUUUUUUUUUGCGCCAUGUAAACGCCUCCUCUGUCAACUAUUCCAAUAGCGCCUUGACCAGGUACAAACCAAAGUGCCAGGUAGUGACUGUGUUAUUACCACAAAAAACUUUUUCAGUAUUUAUAUAUGGCGAAAAACACUCAGGUGACUUGAAGUUCCGCUCAGAGACCCCAAAUUUGGCCAAAUUUCCAAAUUGUCCGAUAUGCAUGCGUGAUACAUCAUUGGAAAGCUUAAAAUCUCAAUUUUCUGGGAGAGGAAAAAUUUUGAAUAGGAGGGCAUUUAAAAAAAAAUUUUUUUUUUUAAAGUUUUUUAAACAGCAAAACCCUGUCUGGAGGUGAGAGCACGCGAGAGCAGAAUUACAGAUGCCAUGACUUUAACGAGAUAUUAUCAUGUACUUACCUUGUUUCGAUCCAGAAACUCCAUGUAGCAUGUAUCACUGAGUGUCAAGACACAGCUUUGAAUAGCCACAGUUGGAUUUUUUUGGGGUUUUAUGGGUGAAACGUGGUAACAUAACAAAGGUCGCGAUGCAGAAAUCACAGACAUCAAGGUUGAGAUUUUAUUUUUCAUAUAUUUACCCUUUUAAACAUUUUUUUUGCAAUUUUUCCUUGUUUGGAUCGAUUAUCAUCUAACACAUCGGAGAAAAUGUAACAGUAACAAAAAAAAUACAAUUAAGCGAUAGUUACAAGGUAGAUAUCCGUGACGUUUUUACAGACACCAUUUUUUUCAUUGUGACGUAAUUUGUUUAAAUGUUUAAAAUAUGCGAGUGAACAAUUUUUUAAAGUCGUUUUUUUGUUUUUAAGUAUUAGAUAUGAAUUAAUGAUUCUAAGCUAAAAAUGACAGACAUUUUGAAUCAUAAAUAUAAUUAAUUACCUUCAUUUUAUGGCUGGGUUGAAACAAAAGCGGUUGCGCGAUGUCUGUAAACGGGGGUUUCCAAGGUAAAACGGACAAAUUAAAAAUAGUUUGGGGGCUUAAUGCGCCGUGAAUAUGCCAUGGCAGCAUAUAGACAUACUGUUCUAUCAAACUCAGCAGUUCUUUUGGCUCAAAAUACAGCAGUUUCUUUUAAAAAGUGCAAGAGCAGAAAUGUCAGUCUUGUCUGUGUUUUCUGCCAUAUAUUUAAUCCCCAAGCUGACAUCUGUUAUAAGCAUUCAUUAAUGCUCAUGACAGUGUCAUGUCCUAAUUAUGAUUGUCUAAUGACAGUUUUAUGGCGCCACUGUCAAAUAAAGUGUUACCAAAUACCAUAACUAGCAAUUAAUGAUACAACUGGAACAGAAACUGAAGAAAUACUUAGCACAGAACAUAAAUAUAAACAUCUGUAGCGCUGCAAUGCAUGCUAGGAGGCAUGUUGGACAACAGUGUUGACAGCAGGUGGCAGCAGAGGUUUACUGUCUCUCCCAAAGGAGCAGUGAUGGCCAAAUGAAGCUUCUUGAAGUAAUGAAUCUUUGAACCAAUUGGCUGGUGGUUCAUUUGGUCUUAUUACAGUUGUAUGAUGCCGCUAUCAAAUAAAGUGUUACCGGUUAAUUACUUUUUGGUUUAAGUAUCCUAUAAUACAGUAAGGACAGCUGCUGCUGCUUGUUGUCCAGUGCGGCUUAUCUAUGAGCAAAUUCUGUUUUCGUGCUUAAUUUGGUGGGUCGCAGCUUAUCGUCCGGUGCGCCUUACAGUGCAAAAAUUACGGUAAUUCAAUUUUAAUGAAAAUUUUAGUCAUUUACAAAUGUAUUUAUUAAGAAAAAAUAUUAAUGAUUUUUUUUUUUUUAAUGUAGGCUUGUUAAUAUUUUGGCCUCUAUGACCCAAAAUGUGAAUUCCACGAAUGUGGACGUUAGGUCUUUAUGGGGUGAAGUUAUUAUUAUUCUCCGUUACAGCUCUGAUAGCAACUCCAAAAGUGUAAAAACUUCCAGGGCAGGUUUGACCCCCAAUUCUCUAUCAUACUGGAAUAAUCAGCGGUUUUAAUGUAUGAACUUGUCAAAUAUUGCUUUAAGCGCAACAGGACGGGAGAAGCAAUUUACGAUACGAGCACAACUUUGUGAUCAAAACUCGUAUUGGCCUUUUGCCCCAUUCCGCCUGUUCGUCCUCAUUCAUAUAGAACAGCGUAAAAUUGUAUGGCCAGUGUGAAAGGGGCUACUACAUUAAAAUCAGAUGUAUUAUAUUACAAGCGGUGUACAGAUUGUUUUAUUUUUCAUACCAGAGCUUUGGAUAAGUGGAGUAUAUUUAAUCUGUCAAUGUUUAUUCACCCGUGUAAAUGCCUUGUAUACAGACCAAGUAUUUUCUCAUAAAAGUUAACGCGUCUCAACUGCCAACAUUUGGGGGGAAAUUCUAAAAGAAGCAACACGCUGAACAGUAACAGAAGUGUGCCUAUUUGCCAAAGUUGUCCAAUUUUGGGGGGGAGAUGAAAGGAAAACGCACUCGUGUAUUGUCUUGUGGAAAAUGUACUAAAAACAAAGCAGAGCGUGUACAUAUAGUAAAUGCCUCUCGAUUAAGUAGUUUUGUUAACGCACCAAAGUUUAUUUGUAUGCAUGCCUAUCUAUCAGAUACUUUAGGAGAGUGGUGUAAAAAUAAAAGAAUGUUUGCACAGAUGGACCAUGUAAAUAUUUUCUUUUCUCUCCCUUUUUUGUUGUUUUUUGUAAAGCUUUAAGUCAUAUCGCCAUGUUGAGUAGCAGCAGGAGCCUGCUUAAGGCAGGGGUGGGCAACCUGUUAUAAAUCGCCUUCAACAUUUAACAAAAAUCUUUGUUGGUUGACCCUCACAUCUUAUUUUUUCAUUAUUUUAAUAAAGGAAAAAGGUUGCCCUCUCCUGCCGGAAUGCAAGCUUCCAUAUUUGGAUUUUCUGAUUAAAAGGUAAAAAUAAAUAAAUAAAUAAA